UCUUAAUCGGUGCGGACCCAUGUUGGGUGCAGUCGAAUUUUUAAAAAUUUCAAAAAAGCUGUUAUUCGUUCGUAAAACUGCAAAAUUUUGUGAUAUUAGCAAUUAAAACAAAGAGUGUUUCUAGAUAAUUGACAUAUAAUUUCAAAAAGUUGAUAUUUAGCGAAUCCAGAACGUACACAUACCGGGACAACAACAACUAAUAUAUUACACCUUUUAGUCGCACUACACACUUCGCUAAAGUAGGUGUAAUGGAUGGAGCUAGUGGAAGUAGCAACUCGGAUCCCCGAUUCGAAUUUCUCGGAUCGUUUGUGCAGAAAACGCUCAAACUGAAGCCGGAAAAAUGGCACCGUUUAGUCACACUUGAAGAGCACAAGACAGUGUUAAAGGAGUUUUUCGAUAAUCAAGCAUCGUUAGUGUUGAUUAUUAUACUCACACCUUCAGCACAGUUAAUUCCGUUAGUCAGUUUCCCCAUGGUACAGUUGAAAAAUAAAGGCGUUUACUUCGUCAAAAAGAACACCAUAGAAGUUUCCCGCGAGGGCUGUAAGGAUUGUUUAGUGGUAGGAGAUCUAGCAACUCGCACCAUCGAUCAGCUGUCGUGCCUCGUAGAUGAGAUAUUUGUUCCAUUGCUAUCGAACUCCGACAACCACCAAGGGUGGCCAGAAAUGGUCGCACAAGACGUUCAAAAGCAGGUUCAUAGCCUCAAAAGCACCGUCUAUCAAGUCCAGGGUCAAGUUAGUGGACAGACCGUUCUACCAAUGCCCGUCGGAGUUGAUAAAUGUGUGCAAACCGCAAAAGAACUAGUUGUGAAUGCGGAAUGUUCGAUCAAUCUCUAUCUCAAGAGUGCGAUCGAAGGCGUCGUUAUCAAGUGGGCCACCCAGGUGAACGACGUAAUGCUCGAGUCCAGUGGAAACGCAUUCAACGGUGGACAGAAUCCAGUACCAUCUGUUGAAAUAAAUUUUUGGAACAACCGACUCAAGAAUCUUACCUACAUUUACGAACAGUUGCGCCACGAACGGAUUCGCAGCAUGGCUUUAAUUCUAGAAUUCACUGAUAGCGCAUAUUAUCCUUGCUUUAAAACACUGUUCAAAAAUGUUGUUACUGCAUUGGCUGAAGCACGCGAUAUUACGUUAUAUUUGAAUCCGCUUACCCGACAUUUUCAGCAAUUGGAGGAUACCGAAUUCUCCGAGUGCAAAGUAUUGUUAAAGCCUCUAAUGCAUGUUGUAUGUUUGAUUUGGUCAAACUCUUUGUAUUAUUGUCACUCGGCAAAAUUGAUUGUGUUACUGAGGCAAAUUUGCAACUUGAUUAUACAACAGGCCAAGCGGUUUCUCGAUCCGUCCUCCAUCUUCCACACCGACAUCGAUGAAGCAAUGCAGCGCAUAUCACUAUCGAUUCAAAUUCUCAAGUACUUCCGUACCGUGUACGAUGAAUAUAAAGAUAACAUAGCUCCGUUUUUUAAAGAACGCCCUGUGGUCAACUGGACAUUCCAUCCGAACGCUGUCUUUGAACGAUUCAAUGCGUUCCUCGAACGACUGUUCACCAUACAGUGGUUCUUUAAUACGGUCAUAGAGUUUUUGAAGCUUGAGAAGGUUGAAAUCGGUGGCCUCAAGGGUCGUGCACUGAGUGCCCGCAUAACCGGUGUAUCCGUGGAGUUUAACCAGUGCUUCUCGGUGUUUGCGUCCAAGACGUACGAUGUGCUGGAUCCGGAUGAUCCUACAUUCAAGGAGGAUUUUGUGAAAUUCCAAGAUCGUAUCCUCGAGCUGGAUUUGAAGCUGGCUGCUAUCCUUUGCCAGGCGUUUGAUGAUUGCCACAAUUUGGAAAGUGUAUUUAAGUUGAUUAGCAUAGUUGGGACAGUUUUAGAUCGUCCAAAGAUUCGGGAAGAAUUUACAGGAAAGUACCGACAAAUUCUAUUCAUGAUUGAUGAUGAAUUAAGCACAUGUGAGGAUAUUUUCGAUAUGCAAAUGGAACAUUAUCGCAAAAGCGGACAUAUUUUUGUCGAUCGGAGUGCUCCCCCGGUAACAGCAAGUCUGCGCUGGGUUUUGCAGUUAACUAACCGCAUCAAUACCCCGAUUAAGCAGUUUCAAACUUUGCAGCAUCCGGUUGUUCAAUCUGAUGAGGGGCUGGAACUUGUGGUGCGAUACGACGAGCUUAUCAGAAAGCUCAAAGAAUUUGAGCGAUCCAUAUUCGAUGCGUGGGCCGCAACUGUGGAUGAAACGAUCGAGGAAAAUCUGGAUAAACCGUUGAUUGUGAGGAAACGUAAUUGUUCAGAGUUAUCAUUGAACUUCAGUCCGCAUUUGUUUUCCAUCUUGCGAGAAGUUCACUACCUUCGGUUGAUGGAGAAAGAUGAUAUACCGCAGCGUGGGUUGGAGUUCUCCGACAAGAGUGACGUUUAUCGAUCUUACACCUUGAAUCUGGAGAAAACGGUUGAGUGGUACAAUAAAAUUAGACGUAAUUGUACUGAAGUUGAGCUGGAGCUGAUCAAGGAUGAAAUUGAAAUGAUUGAUGAGCUACUGGAGAGAGCGAUCAACGAGCUCACGUGGAAUUCGGAGGAUACCACCGAUUAUAUGAACAAAAUGCGCGACCCCGUUGAACAACUGCAGGGCCGAAUGCACAAAAUCCAAACAAAUCUGAAGGAAAUCCGAACGUUGAUGUCCUCCUGGGCUAAGGCCCCACUUUUUGUGCGAAAAGAUGCUAAAAAGGACACUGUUUUGUGCCUCGAGGAACGUAACGAUCGAAAAUCCAAGCGCUAUGCAGAGCUCGAAAGUGCGUCCUCCAAGGUCCACCAGCUACUAGAGAGUAAUAUGCAUCUGUUCGGUAUGGCGGACAAGCAAGAUGAUGAAAAUUGGAUCAAAUAUGUACAAUUUGUUGACAAUAUUGUGUACGAGAAUUUACUAUUUAUGAUUGGGAUUAGUAUGGGAUACCUCGUCGAGAACAUGGACGCAGGCAACAAUAUGGCACCGUUGUUUGAAUCUAGACUAGAGCUGCUAGAGCCGGAACUAGUGUUUGUUCCUUCACUUAAUCCUACCGAUCCCAACGGGUUUAACUUUUUGUUAGCUGGUUUAGUUACUGAUAUUACUCAUAUGUCCUCACUGAUUCCAAGAUUAUUGAAAGUACCCGACGAAUCUUAUGACCAGAUGGUAAUGGGAAACACCGACAUCCAAGAUAUGAAGGUGGAGAUUUUGCAAGGCGUUGACAGAGUUAUUCAAGAAGCAGCUCAAUUUUGCGGCGAUUUUGAACGGUAUAGUUAUCUAUGGCUGGAAGAUAGAGAGUAUAGCAUGGAGGUGUUUUUGGAGUAUGGGCGACAGCUGGAGGCAGAUGAGCUAGACCUGAUAGCCAACAAAGAUCCUGAUGCCCCCCAACCGUGUCCUCCUAUUAUAGAAGCUUUUCGUGAGCAGAUCGACCACUACGAGUCCUUGUACCUAGAGAUAGAAAAGAUUGAACCGUUUCAAAUCUUUAAUGCAUGGUUCCAAGUUGACGUGAGACCUUUUAGACAGUCACUGUUGAAUAUUGUGAGGAAGUGGGGGAAUAUGUUUAAAGACCAUCUAGUAACCAACGUCACGUACAGUUUAACAGAUUUGGGUAAUUUUAUUAGAAAAGCGGACGAAGGUCUGCUGCAAGUUGUUAAGGAAGGUGAUUACGAUGGUUUGGUUAAUAUAAUGGCAUAUUUAUUACACGUAAAAGAGCGCACUGCUACCACUGACGAAAUGUUUGGACCGAUGAAGGAAACAAUUGAACUACUAAAAUAUUACGAUAUGGACAUCCCCGAAGAGGUCAAUGUGUAUUUGCAGGAACUGCCUGAACAGUGGGCGAAUACCAAAAAGAUUGCGCUCACCGUUAAGCAACAGGUUGCACCUCUGCAGGCGAACGAAGUUGUUGGCAUCCGGAACAAGAUAGCCGCAUUCGAUCUGCACAUUACCCUGUUUAGGGAUAUCUUCCGAACGUACGAAUUCUUCAAAUACGACAGCAAAACGCCAUACAGGUUGAUGAACCGUAUCAACGGAGAUAUGGAACGCCUGGAGAAGGAUAUGUCCGACAUUCACGAAUCUGGAAGCCUCUUCGAGGUCCCGGUACCGGAGUUUAAACUAUUGAGACAAUGCCGUAAAGAGAUGAAAAUGCUGAAGCAACUCUGGGAUUACGUAUACAUUGUCCGCACUAGUAUCGAAGACUGGAAAACUACUCCUUGGCGCAAAGUCGACGUUGAAAAUAUGGAUAUUGAAUGUAAAAAAUUCGCCAAAGAUAUCCGGUUGCUGGAUAAAGAAAUGCGUUCGUGGGAUACCUACAUGACACUAGAGGCAACUGUUAAAAAUAUGCUGACAUCCCUCAGAGCUGUAGGUGAACUCCAAAAUCCGGCGAUUCGCGAGCGUCACUGGAAUCAAUUGAUGUCCUCUACGAAGAGUUUAGCUAAUCUGCCGCCUGAGAUUACCGUACAAUUCAUUAUGGAUAAAAACACUACCCUUUCUGACCUUCUCGCCCUGAAUCUGCACGAGUGCGAAGAAGAAGUCAAAAACAUUGUCGACAAAGCGGUGAAGGAAAUGUCAAUGGAAAAGAUUCUCCGCGAUCUUAACACGACCUGGACAGUUAUGGAGUUUGAGCACGAGAUUCAUUCUCGAACCGGUUGCUCUCUGUUAAAGGCAUCUGAAGAACUAAUCGAAACGUUGGAGGAGAACCAAGUCGUAUUGCAGAAUUUAAUGACCUCCAAGUUCGUCGCUCACUUCCUCGAAGAAGUCUCCACGUGGCAGAAAAAGCUGACCACGGCUGAUCAAGUCAUUACCGUGUGGUUUGAGGUACAACGUACCUGGACGCAUCUUGAAUCAAUUUUUAUGAGCUCGGAAGACAUCCGCAAACAAUUACCAGUCGAUUCGGAACGCUUCGACAACAUCGAUGCAGACUUUAAAGUGAUGAUGGAUGAGAUGUCGAAAACCUCCAACGUGAUUCACGCCACUAAUCGCGAUGGUCUUUGUGAAAAACUGGAUAAUCUGCAAAGUCAACUAACACUGUGUGAAAAGGCGCUAGCCGAGUACUUGGAAACGAAGCGACUGUACUUUCCGCGUUUCUAUUUUGUAUCAUCAGCGGAUCUACUGGAUAUUCUCAGCAACGGAAACCGGCCAGAGGUCGUGUGCAAACACUUGACGAAACUGUUUGAUUCUAUCGCAAACCUGAAACUGCAAAGCGAUGAAGAUCAUAACAAACAGGCCCUUGGAAUGAUUGCAAAAGACACCGAAUUCGUCAAGUUCGUCGAACUCUGCAGUUGUACAGGAGCGGUUGAAGUUUGGCUCAACCAAGUACAAAAGGCGAUGAGAGCGUCAUUGCGAAGUUACAUGGCUGACGCGGUUGUCACUUACGAAGAGAAACAACGAGAACACUGGCUGUUUGAUUAUCCUGCUCAAGUUUCCCUUUGCGGUACCCAAAUCUGGUGGACAACCGAAGUCGACAUUGCGUUCAAUCGCCUUGAAGAGGGUUACGAUAAUGCCAUCAAAGAUUACUAUAAGAAACAAAUAUCUCAACUGAGUACCUUGAUUACGCUGCUGCUCGGUGAACUAACCAAAGGCGAUCGUCAAAAGAUCAUGACCAUUUGUACCAUCGAUGUCCAUUCGCGCGACGUUGUGAGCAAGUUGAUUCAGUCUAAGGUCGAAAGUGCUACUGCCUUCCAAUGGCAGUCACAGUUACGUCAUCGCUGGGACGAUAUCGACAAGGACUGUUUCGCAAAUAUUUGCGACGCUCAAUUCCGCUAUUGUCAUGAAUAUCUUGGAAACACACCGCGCCUUGUGAUAACUCCGUUGACCGAUCGCUGCUACAUAACCCUGACCCAAUCGCUCCAUCUGGUGAUGGGUGGUGGUCCUGCAGGACCAGCUGGCACGGGAAAGACAGAAACUACUAAAGAUCUUGGCAGAGCACUCGGAAUCAUGGUGUAUGUUUUCAACUGUUCUGAACAGAUGGACUACAAGUCAUGCGGUAACAUUUACAAAGGACUGGCACAGACCGGUGCUUGGGGCUGCUUUGACGAGUUUAAUCGAAUCUCUGUAGAGGUGCUAUCCGUCGUUGCUGUACAAGUGAAGUCCGUCCAGGACGCCAUAAGAGAUAAAAAGGAUAUGUUCAAUUUUAUGGGAGAAAUUAUAGCUUGCGUUCCAACCGUGGGUAUCUUUAUCACCAUGAAUCCUGGGUACGCUGGUCGUACAGAGUUACCGGAAAAUCUCAAAGCUUUGUUCAGGCCAUGUGCAAUGGUUGUGCCGGAUUUUGAAUUGAUUUGUGAAAUUAUGUUAGUCGCGGAAGGAUUUCAAGAUGCCAGAGUGCUAGCUCGGAAGUUCAUCACACUGUACACGCUGUGCAAGGAGUUGUUAUCUAAACAAGAUCAUUACGAUUGGGGCUUGCGAGCCAUCAAAUCCGUUCUAGUGGUGGCUGGUUCACUCAAACGAGGCGAUCCUGGUCGCCCCGAAGAAGAAGUCCUUAUGAGAGCACUACGCGAUUUUAAUAUUCCCAAAAUUGUAACAGAUGACAUGCCCGUAUUCAUGGGCCUCAUUGGCGAUUUGUUUCCGGCCUUGGAUGUCCCCAGAAAGCGUGACAUGGAAUUCGAAAAAACGGUGAAGCAAGCCACGUUGGAUCUCGCUUUGCAACCAGAAGAUAAUUUUAUCCUCAAGGUGGUUCAGCUAGAAGAACUGCUGGAAGUUCGACACUCGGUAUUUAUUGUAGGUAAUGCCGGAACGGGAAAGACACAAGUUUGGAAGACUUUGUAUAAAACUUAUCAGAACAUGAAGAAAAAGCCGACUUUUGAUGACUUGAAUCCAAAAGCAGUCACCAAUGAUGAACUUUUCGGAAUUAUCAAUCCUGCUACCAGAGAGUGGAAGGAUGGACUGUUUUCCGUUAUUAUGCGCGAGCAGGCUAGUUUAACGGGAGACAACCCAAAAUGGAUUAUUCUGGAUGGCGAUAUAGAUCCAAUGUGGAUCGAGAGCUUGAACACAGUGAUGGACGAUAAUAAAGUGUUGACACUUGCGUCCAAUGAACGGAUUGCAUUGACUCCAAACAUGCGACUAAUAUUCGAAAUAUCAAAUCUUCGCACUGCUACUCCCGCCACCGUUUCCCGUGCUGGUAUUCUCUACAUCAAUCCACAGGACUUAGGUUGGAAUCCUUACGUGACCAGCUGGAUUGAAACUCGUACAAUUCCUGCAGAAAAAUCCAAUCUUGUCAUACUGUUCGACAAGUACAUCCCAUCAUGUUUGGAUAACAUAAGAACACGGUUCAAGAAGGUCACACCCGUCGCCGAGAUGGCUCACAUUCAAAUGCUGUGUCACUUAUUGGAGUGUCUUUUGAUCCCAAUCAAUACUCCCGCUGAUUGUCCGAAGGAGUGGCAUGACUUAUAUUUUGUGUUUUCGUGCGUUUGGGCAUUCGGUUCGGCUAUGUUUCAAGACGCGGCCAUUGAUUACCGCGUCGAAUUCAGCAAGUGGUGGGUUAACGAAUUUAAAACCGUUAAAUUUCCACCCACUGGUACGGUGUUUGAUUACUUUAUCGAUACCGAAACUAAACACUGGACUCCGUGGACUGAGAUCCUUCCAAAAUUCGAGAUGGACUGUGAUCAACCGUUGCAAUCCGUAUUGGUACACACUUCCGAGUCCAUACGGCUAAGAUUCUUUCUGGAUUUGUUAAUGGAACGUAGUCAUCCCGUGAUGCUUGUUGGCAUUGCGGGCUGCGGAAAAACAGUCGUUGUUAACGAGAAACUGUCCAAUUUAUCCGAGAACUUCGCCAUUGCCAAUAUCCCGUUUAAUUUCUACACCACUUCUGAGAUGCUUCAAAAAGUAAUGGAGAAACCUUUAGAAAAGAAAGCGGGUCGUAACUAUGGGCCUCCCGGGAGUAAAACAUUAAUCUAUUUCAUUGACGAUAUGAAUAUGCCUGAGGUGGAUGCCUACGGAACAGUUCAGCCACACACACUAAUCCGGCAACAUUUGGACUACAGUCAUUGGUACGAUAGAAAUAAAUUAACGUUGAAAGAUAUCCACAACUGUCAGUACGUGUCGUGUAUGAAUCCCACCUCGGGCAGCUUCACUAUCAAUCCUAGACUGCAGCGGCAUUUUUGCGUAUUUGCCGUGAGCUUCCCCGGAUCCGAGGCCGUUACCACCAUCUAUCAUUCGAUACUUCUUCAGCACUUUGCGAACGCUGAACAGAAGUUUAACAUAGCUGUAACUAAAAUAUCACAAAAUAUUGUCGCAGCAAGUUUGGCUCUGCACUCUAAAGUGGCACAAGUGUUUCUUCCGACAGCCAUCAAGUUCCACUACGUUUUCAACUUGCGGGAUCUGACUAACGUCUUUCAGGGUCUGCUGUUCAGCACAAAUGAUUGCUUGAUGACAUCCAGUGAUUUUAUCCGUCUGUGGCUACACGAAACACAGAGAGUCUAUGGAGAUAAACUUCUGGACGAUAAAGACAUAGACAGCUUCACUAAGAUGCAAAACGAUUUGGUUAAGAAGUCGUUCGAGGAAAUCGAUGAGUCCAUAGUGUUUGAUAAACCAAACCUAUACUGUCAUUUCGCCGGUGGCAUCGGUGAACCCAAGUAUAUGCCAAUCACGGACUGGGGCAUAUUGACAAAGCUGCUGCAAGAAGCUAUGAUGUCAUACAACGAUUUGAUCGCAGCCAUGAACUUAGUUUUGUUUGAGGAUGCAAUGAUGCACGUAUGCAGGAUCAACCGAAUACUCGAAUCACCACGUGGAAGUGCUCUGCUUGUCGGUGUAGGUGGCAGUGGAAAACAGUCUUUGAGUCGCCUAGCCGCAUUUAUAUCCAGUUUGGAGGUAGCACAAGUUCAACUGAAGAAAGGUUAUAGCGUGGCAGAUCUAAAGAGUGAACUAUCCGGACUGUAUCUUAAGGCAGGAAUGAAAAACGUCGGCAUUAUGUUCUUGAUGACAGAUGCUCAGGUGUCCAGUGAAAGCUUUCUGGUAAUCAUUAACGACCUGCUGUCAUCGGGUGAAAUUUCAGAUCUCUUCCCUGAUGACGAAGUCGAAAACAUUAUCUCAGGAGUGCGCAACGAAGUAAAAGGAGCCGGUUUGGUAGAUACUCGCGAAAACUGUUGGAAAUUUUUCAUCGAUCGCGUUCGUCGACAACUAAAAGUAGUGCUAUGCUUUUCUCCGGUUGGAACUACCUUACGCGUUCGUUCACGCAAAUUCCCAGCGAUCAUUACCUGCACCCAAAUCAAUUGGUUCCACGAGUGGCCGCAGGAAGCUUUGAUGUCCGUGUCGUUGCGUUUCCUACAAGAGUUAACGAUCUUACCGAACGAUUGCAAGGACUCAAUUGCACGGUUCAUGGCUUAUGUACACACCUCGGUUAACUCCAUGUCAAAAGUGUACCUACAAAAUGAGCGACGUUACAACUAUACGACUCCGAAAUCAUAUCUGGAACAGAUCAGCCUGUAUGAUAAGUUGUUGAAGGAGAAACAUGGCGAUUUGCGUCAGAAAGUCGAACGUCUAGAGAAUGGUUUGGAAAAACUUCGAACAACCGCCGAUCAAGUCGCGAGCCUAAAACAGAAACUAGCAGUUCAAGAAAUUGAGCUCCAAGAGAAGAAUGAAGCGGCAGAUGCAUUGAUUGAAAUGGUAGGCGUCGAAACAGAGAAGGUUCAAACCGAGAAGGGGAUAGCUGACGAAGAGGAACAGAAGGUAGCCGUCAUUGCUCAGGAAGUAGCCAAAAAACAACGCGAUUGCGAAGAAGAUCUCGUUAAAGCAGAACCGGCCUUGAUUGCAGCCCAGGAAGCUUUGAACACCCUCAACAAAGCCAACCUAACUGAGUUGAAGUCGUUCGGCUCGCCUCCUGGCACUGUGACCAACGUGACAGCUGCCGUAAUGGUUCUACUUGCUCCAAACGGAAAGAUUCCAAAAGACCGUAGCUGGAAAGCGGCCAAAAUCGUUAUGGCAAAGGUUGAUUCUUUUCUUGACAUGCUUAUCAACUACGACAAAGAACACAUCCACCCGGAAAUUAUAAAAGCCAUUCAACCGUAUUUAAAGGAUACGGAGUUCGACCCUGACUUUGUUCGAUCAAAAUCAGCCGCUGCAGCCGGGUUGUGCGCUUGGGUUAUCAAUAUUAUCAAGUUCUACGACGUUUUCUGUGACGUUGAACCGAAGAGACGAGCACUAGCUGCUGCUAAUGCCGAACUUACAGCUUCCCAGGAGAAAUUAGCUUGCAUCAAGAGAAAAGUCACGUCAUUGGAGGAGCAACUGGCUACAUUAACAGCCGAUUUCGAAAAGGCUACUGCAGAUAAAGUGCGAUGCCAACAGGAAGCAGAUGCUACGCAAGCUACGAUUCAGCUUGCUAACCGCCUAGUUGGAGGACUAGCCAGUGAAAACGUCCGUUGGGCGGAGGCUGUGGCGGAGUUUAUGCAACAAGCAACCACUCUACCUGGCGAUAUACUCUUGAUUACCGCUUUUAUAUCGUACGUUGGCUGUUUCACCAAACAGUUCCGAACAGAUCUGCUGAAUAAAAUGUGGCUUCCGUUCCUGCGAGCCCUAGAACCCGGCAUACCUAUAACUGACAGUCUUGAUCCAUUACGAUUACUGACCGAUGACACUCAGAUUGCAACUUGGCAGAACGAAGGUUUACCGAGCGAUCGAAUGUCCAUCGAGAACGCUACGAUUCUUUCCAACUCCGAUCGCUGGCCGUUGAUGAUCGACCCGCAGCUACAGGGUAUCAAAUGGAUCAAGCAAAAAUACGGCGACAUUUUGAAGGUUAUCAGAUUAGGCUCCAAAGGAUAUUUGGAGACUCUUGAGACGGCUCUGGCAAAGGGUAGUACUGUUUUAAUAGAGAACAUAGGUGAAAACGUUGACCCCGUUUUGGAUCCACUUCUUGGACGAAACUUGAUCAAAAAAGGGAGAGCCAUUAAAAUUGGAGAUAAAGAAGUGGAAUACAACCAUAAAUUCAGGUUGAUCCUGCACACAAAAUUAGCUAAUCCGCACUAUAAACCCGAGAUGCAAGCUCAAACAACGCUUAUCAACUUUACCGUCACACGUGACGGUCUCGAGGACCAAUUGCUGGCCGAAGUCGUCAAAGCUGAACGGCCAGAUCUGGAAGAAUUGAAAGCGGACCUUACCAAGCAACAGAACGACUUCAAGAUCAUGCUAAAACGAUUGGAAGACGAUCUCCUUUCGCGUCUUUCCUCAGCCGGUGGCAACAUCCUGGGAGAUACAGCCCUGGUAGAAAAUCUCGAAACAACCAAGAAAACGGCUGCUGAGAUCGAGGAGAAGGUUACCGAGGCUAAGGUUACUUCAAAGGAGAUCGACGAAGCUCGAGAGCACUAUCGUCCAGCUGCGGCAAGAGCUAGCUUACUGUAUUUUAUUUUGAACGACUUGAACACGAUCAAUCCCAUUUAUCAAUUUUCGCUGAAAGCAUUCAGCGUGGUUUUCCAAAAGGCAAUUUCAAGAGCAGAACCAGCAGACACCGUACCUUUUAGAGUUCGUAACUUGAUUGAUUGUAUAUCUUUUUCGGUGUUCCAGUACACUACGCGGGGUCUUUUCGAAUGUGACAAACUUAUUUUCAUGUCUCAAAUGACUUUCCAGAUUCUGCUAAUGAGUGAAGAAAUCACGCCUGCAGAACUGGAUUUCCUGCUACGCUUCCCCAUCAAACCGCAUGUCACUUCUCCCGUUGAUUUCCUCACCAACUUAGCUUGGGGAGGAAUAUGUAGCUUAGCAUCAAAAGAUGAGUUUCGAAAUUUGGAUCGCGAUAUCGAGACUUCUUCGAAGCGCUGGAAAAAACUCAUCGAAUCUGAAUGUCCUGAAAAAGAAAAAUUUCCGCAAGAAUGGAAGAAUAAAACCGCCUUGCAGAGACUCUGCAUGAUGAGAGCUUUGAGACCCGACAGGAUGACCUAUGCGAUGACAGACUUUAUAGAGGAAAAGUUAGGCGCAAAAUAUGUUGAGAAUCGAACUAUGGAAUUUGCGAAAUCGUUUGAAGAAACCAGUCCAUCAACGCCGAUUUUCUUUAUUCUAUCACCCGGUGUGAAUCCAUUGAAGGAUGUAGAAGCACUGGGCAAACAGUUGGGUUUCUCAUCAGACAAUUCCAAUUUCUACAACGUUUCACUGGGCCAAGGCCAGGAAGUAGUGGCAGAGGCAGCAAUGGAUAAGGCGGCUACCGCUGGACACUGGGUUGUACUGCAAAAUAUUCAUCUGGUGAAAAAAUGGUUACCUUCGCUGGAGAAAAAAUUAGAACACUACUCCGAGGGUUCACAUGAGAACUACCGAGUAUUUAUGAGUGCUGAACCUGCCGCUACCCCAUCGGCACAUAUAAUUCCACAAGGUAUCCUAGAAUCGUCGAUCAAAAUUACAAACGAACCACCUACUGGAAUGCAGGCAAAUAUUCACAAAGCCCUGGAUAACUUCACGCAGGAAACAUUGGAGAUGUGCGGAAAAGAAGCAGAAUUCAAAGUGAUUCUUUUCUCACUUUGUUACUUCCACGCGGUAGUGGCCGAACGUCGCAAGUUUGGCCCACAAGGAUGGAACAAAAUUUAUCCCUUCAACGUCGGUGAUCUGAACAUUUCUGUUUCGGUAUUGUACAACUAUCUGGAAGCGAACACAAAAGUUCCAUGGGAAGAUCUUCGUUAUCUAUUUGGCGAAAUUAUGUACGGAGGUCAUAUCACCGACGAUUGGGAUCGUAGGACCUGUAUCACUUACCUGGAAGAAUUAAUGCAACCCGAUUUGGUUGAUGGUGAACUAUUCCUGGCGCCUGGAUUCGCCGCUCCCCCGAAUACUGACUAUGCUGGCUAUCACGCCUACAUAGACGAUGCAAUGCCUCCAGAAUCUCCAUACCUAUACGGGUUACACCCAAAUGCGGAAAUUGGUUUCUUGACCACGACUUCGGAGAAUCUUUUCCGAACCGUUUUCGAAAUGCAACCACGUGAAGCUGGUGCAGGAUCUGGAACGACUGUUACUCGAGAAGAUAAAGUAAAACAGGUAUUAGACGAAAUUUUGGAGAAAUUACCAGAAGAAUUCAAUAUGGCAGAGAUAAUGGGAAAAGUUGAGGAACGUACGCCAUAUGUGGUUGUAGCAUUCCAAGAAUGCGAACGAAUGAAUUACCUAACAAGCGAGAUCAAGAGAAGUCUGAAGGAAUUGGAUCUCGGUAUGAAGGGCGAGCUGACGAUAACAUCCGACAUGGAAGAGCUGGAGAACUCAUUGUUCCUGGAUCAGGUCCCUGCUAUUUGGUAUUCUCGGGCUUACCCUUCCUUAUUAGGUUUGACGGCGUGGUUCGUUGACUUGCUGCAACGGUUGCGGGAGUUAGAAACUUGGUCGGCUGAUUUUGUCCUCCCAACAUCAGUUUGGCUUGCUGGUUUUUUCAACCCGCAGUCACUUUUAACCGCUAUCAUGCAGUCUACGGCGAGGAAGAAUGAACUUCCACUUGACAAGAUGUGUCUGCACUGUGAUGUGACCAAGAAGCAGAAAGAUGAUUUCACGACUGGACCAAGAGAAGGCGCUUACGUGCAUGGAAUUUUCAUGGAAGGAGCCCGUUGGGAUGUCUCACAGGGAAUAAUAAUGGAAUCUAAACUUAAAGAACUAUACCCACAAAUGCCCGUCAUAAAUAUAAAGGCACUCACCCAAGAUAAACAAGAUUUACGUAAUAUGUACGAGUGCCCGGUGUACAAAACCAGGACUCGGGGACCAACCUACAUUUGGACAUUUAACCUGAAAACCAAAGAUAAACCGGCCAAAUGGACGUUAGCUGGUGUUGCACUAUUGUUACAAGUUUAAAUAAUUUGUUGAAACCAUUGAACACUUAAAUACCUUUAUUGUGUGUUAUGUUUCUAGUCAUGACUUUAACCGUUUUAACAGUGUUAUAUCAUACCUUGUUUAAGGUACAAUAUCAUGGAUUUAAAGAUUGAAAUGUUUAAUCACUUAAAAAAUAAAUAGCAAUAUUCAGUAAU